AUGUGGAGGCUGAAGGUGGCGGAGGGAAGCGAGAAUCCAUGGCUGAGGACGACCAACAAUCACGUGGGGAGGGAGGUGUGGGAGUUGGAACCCGAUUUCUGGUCGGAGGAAGACCGGAAGGCGAUCGAGGAGGCGCGCGCAAAUUUCACCAAGCAUCGGUUUGAGAAGAAGCACAGCUCCGAUCUCAUCAUGAGGAUGCAGUUUGCGAAAGAAAAUCCCUGUGACUUGUCGAUGCUUCCGCGUGUGAGCAUAGGGGAGAAUGAAAUUCCUUCAGUGGAGGCAGUGACUGUGACGUUGAGAAGGGCUGUUAAAUUCUAUUCAAGUAUACAAGCACAUGAUGGCCACUGGCCCGGAGAUUUCGGUGGUCCCUUGUUUUAUAUACCUGGGCUGGUGAUUACCCUAUACGUUACUGGAGCGCUGCAUAAUGUUCUAUCUCUAGCGCAUAUACAAGAAAUAUGUCAUUAUCUGCAUAAUCAUCAGAAUGAAGAUGGAGGUUGGGGAUUUCAUAUCGAAAGUCCUAGUACCAUGUUUGGUACAGCAUUAAACUAUGUUGUUUUACGAUUGUUUGGUGAAAAACCUGGAGGGACGGAAUCAAGUUCUUUGGAGAAAGCACGAAAGUGGAUCCUUGAUCGAGGAGGUGUCACUGCGAUCCCGUCAUGGGGGAAAAUGUGGCUUUCGGUGCUUGGAGUAUAUGAUUGGUCUGGCAUCAACCCAUUGCCCCCUGAGAUGUGGCUUCUUCCUUACUUCCUUCCUUUUCAUCCAGGAAGAUUGUGGUGUCACUGUCGCAUGGUUUACUCACCCAUGAGCUAUUUGUAUGGAAAGAGAUUUGUUGGCCAUAUCACAGAAACAGUCUUAGAUCUACGUAAAGAGCUUCUUCCUCUACCCUAUGAUCAAGUAGAUUGGAAUAAAGCACGAAAUUUGUGUGCAAAGGAGGAUCUCCACUACCAACAUCCACUCAUACAGGAUGUCCUUUGGGCAGCCCUUUACAAGAUUGCAGAACCAAUCCUGACGCAUUGGCCUGGAUCCAUCUUAAGAGAGAAGGCUUUACAUAAAGUGAUGCAACAGUUACACUAUGAGGCUGAAAAUACUCAAUAUGCCAUCAUUAGUGCAGUGAGUAAGGUUUUAAAUAUGCUGUGUUGCUGGGUUGAAGAUCCGAAUUCAGAAGCGUUUAAACUGCAUCUUCCAAGAAUACCAGAUUAUUUAUGGGUUGCAGAAGAUGGCAUGAAGAUGAAGGGUAAUAAUGGUGGUCAGUCAUGGGAUGCCGCUCUUGCUAUUCAAUCAAUAAUAGCAACUAAACUUGUUGAGGAUUGUGAAAUGACCCUUAGGAAAGCACACAAUUUCAUAAAAAAUUCACAGGUUCAAGAUAAUUGCCUUGGUGACUUUAGUUCCUGGCAUCGCAACAUAUCAAAAGGUGCAUGGACUUUAUCAACAGCAGACAAUAAAUGGCAAGUCUCAGAUUGCACAGCUGAAGGACUGAAGGCUGCUCUUUUACUUGCCAAAUUACCAUCAAAUGUGGUUGGAGAACCUCUGGCUGCAGAGCAAUUUUAUGAUGCUGUGGAUGUGAUCCUAUCUCUGCAGAAUAAAUGUGGUGGCUUUUCAGCAUAUGAGCCGGCAAGAUCAUAUGCAUGGUUAGAGCUAAUAAAUCCAUCUGAAAUGUUUGGAGGCAUAAUGAUUGACCAUCCAUCCACGGAAUGCACUUCAUCUGCCAUUCAAGCUUUAGCAGAUUUUAGAAAAGCAUACCCUCAGUAUCGGAAGGAAGACAUAGAGACUAGUAUUUCAAAAGCUGUUAAUUUCAUCAAAAAGAUGCAAUUACCUGAUGGAUCAUGGUAUGGUAAUUGGGGUAUAUGUUUCACCUAUGGCACUUGGUUUGGGAUUGAGGCACUGGUGGCUGGUGGCAUGACCUAUCAGAAUUGCUCUGCAAUCCGGAAAGCAUGUGAAUUUUUGUUAUCAAAACAACUAGAAUCUGGAGGUUGGGGUGAAAGCUAUCUUUCAUGUCUGAAUAUGGUGUAUACAAACCUGAAAGGAAAGCAGUCGCAUUUGGUCAAUACAGCUUGGGCUAUGCUUGCACUGCUUAGUGCUGGACAGGCUGAGAGAGAUCCAAAGCCUCUGCAUCAUGCGGCGAGUGUGUUAAUCAAUGGACAAAUGGAUAAUGGUGAUUUCCCACAGCAGGAAAUUAUGGGCGCUACCUGCAACAAGCUUAUGCUCAGCUAUUCUGCAUACAGGAACAUAUUCCCAAUAUGGGCCCUGGGAAAGUAUCGCUCGUGCAUGCUUUUGUCUUCUUAAAGUCAUCACUAUUAUAACUUCCUGUCUGUGCCAGAAUUUGUCCUCACACAGUUGUUUAGUGAGAUGUGCUAAAGAUUCUAGAGCCAAGCAAAAUUUGUAAUAAUGUGUGGACAAUUCUACUAGGUGGAUGGAAAUCCUGGAGUAUAUGGAGACCACCUAAAACGUGCAGGGAUAUUUCCAAUUGUUUCUAACUAAGCAUGGACCAUGUUGAUGAUUAUGUUAAGUCUGUCUGUCAUAUAUAAACCAUAGAAAUUAGCUUCUGUGAACACCUC